AGCGGAUAGAAUACCUGAAGGGAAAAGUCUAUCACACUUUUACUUACUUUCCCUUUUCUUUCUCUUUCACAUUCAGAUGCGUUUCAAUUUUUAUUUUUCAUCGUUCAUAUCGCUCGUUCAUCUCGUUCAUCCUUCAUCUUCACAUAAACCCUAAAUCUCACUAACCAAAUCAACAAAUCAUUCCGAACCCUAACUCCUCAAUCUCAUUCUCGAACCCUAACUCCUCAAUCUCAAACCUAAAUAUUAAAAUCCAAUCUCGAACCCUAAUUCAAUCUGUUCUCGAACGCAAUUCGUUCUCAUUCACUGUUUCCAAAUGGAUUGGCCAUCGUGAUUCUGCAAUUCGACAUUCACUUUGGAAGUUGUUAUUAACACACAUCUCCGAUUUGUGAACCCAUAGCUUUGAAAAUAUCAGAACUGGUGUUCUCAGUUGGAAAUUGUCAUCCUCAUUUGCCGUUGUUCUCGUCGUACUGCCUGAGGUGUAAACUGGUUUUUGAGGGGCAGCAGGGGUUCUGUUUGGUUCCCUGAUUUUCUGAGCUCUUACUUAGUACUCUUGUCAUGUUACAACACAAACCAAUGUGAUUUUGGUACAAGUCAGGAAAAUGGUUAUGUAGUUUUGUAAACACAAAGUCAGAGACAGGGCUCAUCAAGAUGAAUAGAAGCCCAAAUGAAUCCAUUCUGUUAACAUCAGAAUGGUCUCCAACUAAUUGAAAGGUGUAGUAGAAGUCAUAGUCACGUAGCCAAAUUAACCACGAGAAAACAACUACAUAUUACAUCAAGAAGAACGUACGUAGUCAUGGAUCGUAGGUGGAUGAAAGCUUAUCGGUUAAGUGUUGAGUAUGAUAAUGGAGUGACUGAAUUUCUACAGUUUGCUGAAAAGAAUCUUCCUAACACUGAGGGACUUUUUCCUUGUCCUUGUGUUUCUUGUGGGAACCGGGACCCAAAACUUAGUAAGGAAAAAAUUAGGGGCCAUCUAGUUUCGGUAGGGAUUUGUCAAAAUUAUACCCAAUGGAUAUGGCAUGGUGAAACUAUGAUGCCAAGUGUAUCCCAAAGAGAGGAAGGCAGUGUAGAUAUGGAUGAUAGACUUGAAGACAUGAUACGUAAUGUUGGAGAAGAAUCUUUCAAGAAAGCGCAUGUGUAUGAUAAUUUACGUAAAGAUAAGGAACAACCUUUGUACCCAGGAUGCACGAAAUUUUCCUGGUUGUCAAUUGUGUUAAGAUUGUUUAAUUUGAAGACAAAAAAUGGAUGGAGUGAUAAAAGUUUCACUGAAUUGCUUCAAUUGUUGACAGAAAUGCUUCCAGAAGGUAACACAAUUCCGGAUCGUCAUUACGAGGCCAAGAAAGUAUUGUGUCCAAUGGGAAUGGAGUAUGAAAAAAUACAUGCAUGCCCAAACGAUUGCAUCUUAUACAGAAAAGAUUUUGCAAACCAUGAUCAAUGUCCAAGGUGCAAGGUGUCACGCUACAAAAAGAAAGAUGGUGAUUCUAGUGAUGAAGUCAACACAAAGGGUCCUCCUGCGAAAGUGUUAUGGUACCCACCAAUAAUUUCAAGGUUCAAGAGAUUGUUCUCUAAUGUAAAUGACGCAAAGAACCUUAGAUGGCAUGCAGAAGAGAGAGAAAGUGAUGGAAACAUGAUUUCCCAUGUAGCUGAUUCUUUGCAAUGGAAGAAAAUUAAUUCUUUGUUUCCUGAUUUUGGAAAUGAGAAAAGAAACCUUAGACUUGGACUUGCUACUGAUGGAAUGAAUCCGUAUGGUAAUCUAAGUUGUAAGCAUACUUCAUGGCCUGUUCUCUUGAUAAUUUACAACCUAUCUCCUUCGUUGUGCAUGAAGCGUAAAUAUAUGUUGUCGAUGAUGAUUUCGGGCCCAUACCAACCCGGAAAUAACAUGGAUGUUUAUUUACAGCCAUUGAUUGAUGAUUUAAGACUUAUGUGGGAAAAAGGAGUUGAUGUUCUUGACGCGUAUUCCGGUGAACAUUUCAAUAUGCGUGCCAUGUUGUUUUGCACCAUCAACGACUUUCCGGCAUACGGUAAUUUGAGUGGGUACACCGUUAAAGGGCAUAAAGCAUGCCCUAUAUGUGAGGUUAACACAUGUUAUCAUCAACUGAAACAUGGAAACAAGACUGUUUAUCUUGGGCAUCGAAAAUUUUUAGAUCGUUAUCAUCCAUAUCGUAAGUUGAGGAAAGCUUUCAAUGGAGAACCGGAGUAUGGUGUUGCUCCAAUGCCCUUGACCGGAGAGGAAGUUUAUCAACGACAACAAAAGGUAGAGGUUACCUUUGGAAAGAAACAAAAGAAGCCUAAUUGCUAAAUUGAGGAAUAGUUCAAGGGAAGGUUAAGGAGCAAUGUGAUUGAUGGUUAAAUUGACAUCACCUUAAAUUUAGAAUAAAAGUGGAGAAUUGUUGAAUUUUAACUCAAAGUUUGAUGUUGGUGCUUGAUGAUGGAAUAACAUAUGAUAUUUUUAGCUUUAUUUUUAGUGUAAUUAUUUGCAUUUGAAGGAAAAUUGAAAGUCUAUUUGAGGAGUUUUCAAUGGUUUGAGGAACUUUUUGUAUUCUUUUUAAUCGAUUCAUUGUAAUUUACUUUUAUCCUAAAUCAUGCAACUCCAUAGUUGUUGA